AUGUAUCUAACUGAGAAGGGCAAUUAUAAAGAGGAACAGCUUUGUAAGAAAGAAGCUAAAGAAAACUUCGAUUUUUCAAAAAAUAUAGAUAUAAAUCCUUAUAAAUAUCUGUGUAUUGUACUAAUUUCAUCCUUUUGUGGUAUUUUGCAGGAUUUUGGUAUGAAAGUUGAAGAUGACGAAAAACUUUUAAUUACAGCUAUUAAUACAGGAGACAUUUCUACAGUAAUACAGUAUACUACAUUGAUGCAUAGUAAAUUAUCUUCUAAUAUCCUCUUAAAUAGAAUCAGUACAACUAGAAAUAGUUCAUCAUAUUCUAUAGAUAGUAAGAUGCAAGAUAUGGAUGAAACAGUAAAAACAAUGAAUGAGAUGGAUACUGAUGAGUACACCGAAAUGAAUAAAUCAUUGCAAAGUAACGCACACCAAAUAUAUUCGUCCUUCGAGACUAUAAUUAGUACUGAAGUAAAUACGUCUAACUUAGUAAUAGCUCCCACGAAUAAGAAGUUUUCAGUUCCUCCCUUAAGAAUAGAACGUGUUGGUCCUGGUUCUUGGAAUAGAGCACAAUUACCUGAAGAGUAUCCUGAAGACUGA